AUGCCGAAGAAGGGAUGCAAGAAAAAGACCAAAAGUAAUUCAAAUAAUUUACGACGUACUGUGAUUUCAGCAGCCCCGCACUACCUUCAAGCAGCUGAUUUUCCUGUUGUCGAAAUGGCCGAAAGUACGGCGCCUGUUCCUGACCCUGAACCCGCAUCCAUGUCCGAGCCCAUGCCCGAGGCUGUCUUUGAGUCUGCCCCUGAGCCUGAGCCCAUCCCCGUGCCCGUUCCCGAGCCCGCUCCCGACCCUGUCUUUGAGGCUGCCCCUCAGUCCUCCACUCAGUCUGACCCCGAGCCUGACUCUUACCUUGCCCUGGAAGAAAUGGAUAAGGCAACUGAGGAGUCUACUGUCGAGCAACAUGAGGUUGAUGAUGCUCCGGUUACUGGAGCUAACGAAGCUACUGGGCCUGCCUCUGAAAGGGCGGAAAUUGCUACUGAAGCACCUGCUAUUCUCCCUGAACCUGUCGUUGUUGAAUACGCUCAGCCUAAUACCAGCGGAAAGCGUUACACCAUCCCAGAGAACCUUCUUAGCAAAGCUGCCACCCUGCCGUCCUAUCAGGACGUGAGCGGAUCCCCGGCGGUAAUACUCUCUGAUGUGGAUGAGGACAUCGGGCAUACGAUUAUGCAUUACCUGUACACUGGUAACUAUGAGACUGUGAAGCCACCAUCAACCAGCGAACUGCCGAGGCGAGCGACUGAAUAUACUCGGAGCGUAUUUGCGUACCGUAUUGCAGUGAGGCAUGGUCUUGAUGGUUUAACAGAACAUGCGAAGCGGUACAUUCAAAUCUUCGACAAGGAAGUUUCUAUCAUCGAUAUUAUAUCUCUCGGAAGGAAGGCCUUCCCAAAAAUAUCAGAAGAACCAUGGUUUUCUGAGUAUCUCACUGCUAGAAUCACGGCAAGCUUUGAGGCCGACGAAGGAAUCUUCCAGCGGGAACAGUUUUUUGAAGGGUUUGGCGAGACUCCAGAUUUUGAUAAAUUUCUGGGGAAGGUUAUGGCACAGGUCUACUCCAAUAAGAUCUCUUCCAUUCAACAUGAGGCAGGAUUGCGGAGCGGUGAUAAUAAAAUCACAACACUAGACGCUGACGAAGAGGAGAUUGUCGGCAGCGACCGUGACAUCCAUAUAGCUCAGGCAAGCUCCAUAGAAGGGGACGUGUGUCCAAAGGCUGAUUCCGGCAUUAAUGAAGAGUCCUCUCCUAGGACAGGUGCUCUUAAUGGUCAUACCCUUUGCAUCGGGCGAAGCUCGGAUAGGGACUUUGACCAUAGAAGGCAAGAAUAUAUUGACGGAUCAGACCUGUCCACCAACGCUGAGUACGAUGAAAUUGGGUCUUCGGACAUAAACAUCUUGACACCGGAUUCAGAGACAGAUAACCCUGUCCCCAGCAGAAAACCGCCAAGCAACCGCUCAGAAGACAGUUGUUUUUGCCCACACUGGAAAGUACAUUCCACCGACAGGGACUUAUGGAAGGGUUGUGAGCUGUGCAAAAGGUAUCUCCGACGAAUGUUUACUGACUUAGUCAUUGAUGGCUGGUAA